AUGCAGUCCUUUAGAGACUUGAAGCCAAACUUCAGCGGCCCUCCUCCUGCUGGACCCGACCCUUAUCUCCAGGGUAACAUCAGGUUGACUCUGGAGGACCCUGACCUCUGGAAGACCUUCCAUGGAAUAGGAACCGAGAUGAUAAUCACCAAACCGGGCAGGAGGAUGUUCCCACACUGUAAAGUGAAUCUCUCCGGCCUCAUCCCAUGUGCAAAGUACAUCUUACUGGUGGACAUGGUGCCUGAGGAUGGUUUCAGGUACAAGUGGAAUAAAGAGAAAUGGGAGGUGGCAGGGAAAGCGGAGCCACAGCCUCCCUGUAGGACCUACCUCCACCCGGACUCUCCGGCCCCGGGGAGCCACUGGAUGAAGCAGUCGGUGUCCUUCCUCAAGCUGAAGCUCACCAACAACACACUGGACCAGCAUGGACAUAUUAUUUUGCACUCCAUGCAUCGCUACCACCCGCGCUUCCACCUCGUCCAGGCAGACGACCUGUUCAGCGUCCGCUGGAGUGUUUUUCAGACCUUCUCCUUCCCAGAGACUUCUUUCACAGCAGUCACAGCCUACCAGAACACCAAGAUCACAAAACUGAAGAUCGACCACAACCCGUUCGCAAAAGGUUUCAGGGAGGAAGGCACAAACAAGAAAAGACGUGCAAACAAGAACCCCGCCUCCCUCGAGAAACGAGCCAAGAUGUCUGACACUUUGAACCAGGACUCGGAGGAGGACAGUCCACCAGAUUUCUGCCGUUCAUCGUAUGAGGGUUAUGACGCAGAAGAAGGCGACCUCCCCAAAAGGAAAGAGGGUGACACGGUCAAAGAGGAGCGUUACUCGCCCUGGGCUGCAGAGAGGGAGCACAGUGUGAGGACCGAGUCUCCUGCUGGAGCCGACCACAGAGACAUGUACAACACGGAGCAGCUGGUUCCUGCUCCUGCUUCCUACCAGCCGUACAGGUUCCACGAGUACGGAAAGUCUCCCUCUCCGUCCUCGAGCGUGGGCAGUAGCAGUAGCGGAUCAAUACGCAGCAGCUUUGAGUCCAGAGUUCCUGAUGUCGCCACCGUUCCCGACCACGACUCCUCAAAGCCACGCACGCAGGAGGUUGGCCCUUCAUCUUGUGGCCCCCAGCACCUCCCGGCCCCCCAGGACUACACGGGGGUUCUCAACAUGAGCAUGACCCCGACAAAUAAACCUGGAGUGAUCAGCCACCACAUCUACAGCCCGUACGGAGCUGAGCAGUCGCUGGGCCAGUGGAAUGGCCCUGGACCCGCCCAGUACCCCCCACCUCACCACCUGACCGCCGAAUACCCCACACAGGCUGUGCAUCAUGGCUAUCACCAUGGCAACGUGGCUGAGUGGAGCCAGUACCCACUGUUCUCGUAUUCCUGCUGGUGA